GGCUCCUCAUUCACAGGCCAGCGCGGUAUAUAAGCGCGUCUGGAAGCGCUCAGAGGCAGAAGCAACUCACGCUAAAGCGACUCGGCAAACUUUUAAAGAAGAACCACCGAAGCCACCGGAUUCAAUCAAAAAGGGCGAAACGAGUAACUUCGAUCAUUUAAAAACUUUUUUUAUGUUCUAAGCCAACGAACCGGAACAGCGCUCUCGCCGCUUCACAUUUUCCUGUUGGGGAAAAAAGCCUUUGUUUUGUUUUGUUUUGUUUUGUUUUCUUCUCUUCCUCCUCACAACCAACCCGAACUUCCGCCUUCCUCCCCGUACGCGCUUUAUGUAUUUGGAUUUACCGCUUAUAUCCCGCCGCCCUACUAUGGUCGUAAUGGAGGUGCCCACUAUCGACUGUGAGUCCCUCCGCUGCCUGCUGGAGGACGACGUCCCGGGCAGCCUGGUGCUGGACUGCCGCUCCUUCCUGUCCUUCAACUCGUCGCACAUAUCGGGCUCCACCAACGUGCGCUUCAGCACCAUAGUGCGCAGGAGAGCCAGGGGGGGGCUGGGACUCGAGCACAUCGUCCCCAACGAGGACACCCGCGGCCGGCUGCUGUCCGGGGAGUACCAGGCGGUCGUGCUGCUCGACGACCGCAGCUCGGACUUGAGUCAGGCGAAGAAGGACGGCACGCUGAUGCUCGCCGUCGCGGCCCUGUGUCGCGACCGCUGCGGGGCCAGGGUGUUUAUUCUGAAAGGUGGCUUUGAGAUGUUUUCCGCCGAGUACCCAGAGGCCUGCACCAAGCCCCCCCCCCCACAAGGGCUCAGUUUGCCCCUGAGCUCCAGCCGCCCCGAGAGCGCGGACCCCAACUGCAGCCCGUGCAACACUCCCCUAUAUGACCAGGGGGGUCCUGUGGAGAUCUUGCCUUUCCUCUACCUUGGCAGUGCUUACCAUGCUUCAAGAAAAGACAUGCUGGACAUGCUGGGGAUCACUGCCCUGAUCAACGUCUCCGCCAACUGUCCCAACCACUUUGUGGACUCUUUCCUCUACAAGAGCAUCCCCGUGGAGGACAACCACAAAGCCGACAUCAGCUCCUGGUUCAGCGAGGCCAUCGAGUUUAUCGACUCGGUGAGAAAUAAAGGAGGCCGCGUGUUCGUGCACUGUCAAUCAGGCAUCUCCCGCUCUGCCACCAUAUGCCUCGCCUACCUGAUGCGGACCAACCGCGUCAAGCUGGACGAGGCCUUUGAGUUUGUCAAGCAGCGGCGCAGCAUCAUCUCGCCCAACUUCAGCUUCAUGGGUCAGCUGCUGCAGUUCGAGUCCCAGGUCCUGGCCUCGUCCACGUGCUCCUCGGAGGCGGGCAGUCCGGCAAUCGGCAACAACAGCACGGUCUUCAAUUUCCCGGUUUCGAUCCCUGUGCACACCUCCGCCGGUCAGCUCUCCUUCCUGCACAGUCCCAUUACCACGUCUCCCAGCUGCUGAGGGAGCUGUGAGGAGCUCCGACCCGGUUCGGACUUGAACUGCAUCGCACAAGUGCCCUCUGCCAAGAGCACUGCCCAAAAGGCACGAGGCUCGAGUGCAACCGUUUCCUUGUGACACGAGGAUCACUGUGCCGAAUGUGAACUGGUCUCUGGGCUCUGUUCGUUUGACUCUGCGAUCUGCUGGGCAAAUCUCCUGUAAAACAGCCUCAUCAUUUCAAAAGGGAGUUCCUCCUAAAUGUGAAUGUUAUCCGCAGAUUUAAUCUGACUUGACUUUGGGGGGGGGAGUGGCUGAAAGAGUAGUUUAAUUUAUUCCUCUAGAGGAAGUUAGAAGUAUCUGAAUAUUCUUUAUUCAACUGAUCUAUUUUUUGUUUUUAUCCUUUCAUGAAGGAAAAUGCUUCUGAUAAUCAUAAUCCUUUUUUAACAAAAUGGAGAGGACAAACCGUUGUCUCAGGAACGUUGACUUAUCCUCUCAAAUGUCUCCUUGGCUUUCUGUGCUGGUUAAAGAAGGCCAAGGCAUGGAAGUUGCUCCUUCAUUCGACAAACAAUGAAUGUAGCCCCCCCCCCUCCUCCCGACACACACACCUUCUUUUCAGUGUAGAUGUCGCAGGAAUGUUCAGUUUGAGAGUUGAAUUGGUGCAAAUGCAAAUACUUACCUUUCAAGACCUCAUGGAACCGUGACGAUCCUGACUCAUUGGGGAGAUGGACCAUUUUAUACCUCAUGUAUCUACUGUGUACUGCAGCGCUGAGACAGACAGAAAACUCAACUACUCAAAUGAGGACAUAUACUCCUCGGUGCCUGCAUCCUGACAUAUUUAUUGAACUAAAGUAAUAUAUUUCUCUAUCAUAUCUAUUUUUGCAUACGUUUGAAUGUUUAAAUUCUUUUUUUCUUUUUUUUUAAUACGUUUUAAUAAAACUCCUGACUUUUGUAUUCAGUUGAAGUUCA